CCCUGGGGCAGGACUGACGUAGCUUGGUGGCCGAAUCUGACCUGCUGAAUCUGCCCAGUGGCCGGUAGGGAAGAGCCGGAGUAGGUGCGUCCGUCGUUCCGUCCAUCUGACCAGGCUCUCACAUUGAGAGUUUCGUGUCCUGCUGAGUUCCCCCGAAGGUGAAGGGAUGGCAUUUGUCAAGAGUGGUUGGCUGCUUCGACAAAGCACAAUUUUGAAGCGGUGGAAAAAAAACUGGUUUGAUCUGUGGUCAGAUGGCCACCUAAUCUAUUAUGAUGACCAGACUAGGCAGAAUGUAGAAGAUAAGAUUCACAUGCUGGUGGACUGCAUCAACAUCCGAAUGGGAAAUGAAUGUCGAGAUUUUCAUCCUCCUGAGGGCAAGCCAAAAGACCGCCUACUUCAGAUUGUUUGCCGAGAUGGGAAAACUAUCAAUCUUUGUGCAGAAAGUGAAGAUGAUUGCUUGGCCUGGAAAUUUGCACUCCAGGAUGCCAGGACUAAUACAGCUUAUGUUGGCUCAGAAGUCAUGUAUGAUGAGACUGCUGUUGCUUCAUCUCCUCCUCCUUACACAGCUUAUGCCACACCAUCUCCUGAGGUAUUUAGCUACAGUCAAUAUAAUGGUGCAUACCCUCCAGGGACUCAAGUUAUUUAUGCUGCUAACGGGCAGGCUUACGCGAUACCAUACCAGUAUCCAUAUCCAGGACCUUAUGGACAGCAGCCUGCCAACCAUGUCAUCAUCAGACGUUACCGGGACAAUGAUGGAGACCUGGCUCUGGGCAUGCUGGCUGGAGCAGCCACUGGCAUGGCUUUGGGAUCUUUGUUCUGGGUCUUCUAGUUUCUCUACAUCUUUGUAUUUGUAGCUUCCAAAACCUUUAUUUAUUUUCUGUGUGCGAUAAUAUAUUUGCAAGGUAUUCCUGUUUCACUGUAAAGAUUUUUAAUGACAGUUACAAUAGUACUUUUAAAAUAGUGACAUCUUAAUUAUAAUUAGUCAGUAUAAAUUUCACAAGGCAGGAUUGUAAGUGUGCAGUUCAGUUGAAAUAUGAAUUAAAAGGAUACUUGAUCAUUUCAAACUCUUUUAUGGAACUUAGUUGUAUAAGAAGGACUUAUAUGAGCUCAUUCAUUUUGAAGAACAUUAUCACUGCAGUGUUAAAUGCAGAGCAUAAGAGAUAGUUUUUUCAUCCAUAUUAGAAUGACCCCUGAAUAGGUGAUUAUUUCUGGCAGGGAAAAACUCAAUUAAUCCAACUGUUAACUUUUAACUUAAGAAUUAACCAUGGAGUAGUCUGGGUGUUGCUGUUGGCGUGGCAGGAUGGUAAACUAUGCAUGAUAAAGCAAUAUAGACUUUUUGCACUACACACUCCAAAGAAUAGUCCCCAAGGUAGUGGUGACACUCCAUAUACCUCUGUAGUUGGCUCUGUCAUUAUCCAGUGGUGCUCUCCUGGCGGGCAUGUUUUCUCUGUUGUGAAUGGAUUUAUUGAAUCCUAGAUAUUGGAACUAGUAAGUUUCUUGUAAAGAGCUACCAGUCAGGACAGAUUCUUGUCAAUGGGCUGGAAAUCUGCAGUUCUUUGACAUAGUUCUCAACCAUGGAGAGUUUUAAAAGCAGUUCAGAAGCUGAGGUGAAUGGGUUUUUUUUUUUUGAAAGGUGGUACUACCCAUGCAUUUAAAAGGUGACAGACAUGGCUUUUACUUUCUUAACUUUUAUUUAAUGUGGUGAAAACAUAUUCAAAGUUCAGAUCUCCAUUGAGUGCACUUUUAUAUUGUGUAUCUGAGCCAUCCCCUCUCUUUUCACCUUGUUUUGAAAAAAGUAUACGUUACCAGUAUACUAGUAGUGCUUUUGGUUUUAUCUGGUUGGCCAGCUACAGAAUAUUGUUCUAGGGGUGGAACAGACUGAAGGCAUUUGGAGUCAGUCAAAGGAAGGAAGAAGAAUUAAAAUCAAACUCAGGGUUAUUAGCAUAAAUGUUGAGUUCUUGAUCAUUUUGCAGAGUUGAGAUAAGGUGGAAGGAUGAGGGAGGCUAAUGGGAAGAAUUAAUGACAGAAAAUGAUUAUAGAAAUUAGUAAAGCGGUUUGCUUGAAUGCGUGCAACUAAAUCUGUAUCUUGUUAUAGAUCUAAUUAGAUCAGUAAACAUAUAGCUGAUUUAGUCUUAUUUCAUGUGACUUUCAGCUAAAACUUUUAUUUUUGCCAACAACUUUUAACAUACUUUGACAAGGUGUGUACUCUUCAAUCCCAUUUUAAUUUUUGUGAUACAACUCUUACGAGAGUUUGUCUCAUCCUCAUGGAUAAUAUAAUCUUUUUUCAUGGACCAUUUGAUAAAAUCUGCUUUCCUUUACUUGAAAAUCCACAAUGUUUUAUUCUCCAAAUCUACGCUUAUUUGAAGAUGAGAAAGCAAUAGGAGGGAAACAAGGGCUCAGGGAAAGAAUGUACAUCAUUGUGAACAGUCAUUCCAGAAUUUUUAAUGGUAGGAUUGCCGCAUGUGUAGAUUGCAUGUUUUUUUGUUUCUUAUAUUGUCUGUAGUUCAGGUAUUUUUGCUGCUUCCUAAACUUUUAAUUGAAAUUUACUUAAAAUCUACUAAACUGUAUUUAAGAUGUCAGGGAAAUAGGAUGAGAGCCAUGUUUGUAAUGUUAAAGUAACUCAAGAUUGUCUUAGGUAGCACUUUGCAAAUGAUGCUGUUAUCUUUCUCUGAAAGAUGUAAGAAGUUGAUGAUUGCACUGUCAUGACUAACUAGAGUUAUGUUAGAGGAAUGUAAAGUAAUUUAACAUAUAUAUAAUAAUCGGUGGAAGGAUAGCUACUCUAUUUGACCAAGUAGACUGGCACAUUUGUUCUCAUUAAUUACCAUUCAGAGUUUACAAUUUGUGGAUAAGCUUCUUUGGAACCCAGUUAAUGAAAUUAUAUAAAAGAAUAAAAGAACCGAAAUCUAAAAGGUAAACCUAAGACACAUCAGGCAGCUAACACCGUACAGCGAUUUGAUCAUUCCUUAAUUCGUUAAAGAAAUAUUUAUGGAAUGCCUGCCAUGCAUAAGACAAAUCUGUAGUUAGUCCUAUAUUAUUUCCUAAUUUAUAUGACUUUUCCUUAUUUUCUGUGAUGUAUGAUUUAUUUUAAACUAGUUUUAGAGUUUGAGAUUUUCCCUUGUCAUGGUAUAGUGAUGAUAAUUCCCAUAAAGUCCAUUCUUUGUCAUGAAUUUUGUUUUGUGUUUUGGGUGACAGAUUAUAUAUCAUUUUUUCCUCCUAAUUAACUAGUUCUAUGUCUUAUGAAAUUUAACACUCCAUGUCAAAUUGAAAGCCAAACCAACUCUAUAAUGAACCCUUGGAUUCUUGGCAGUUCCUGUAGGCCUUUUUUUUUUUUAAACUGAAGAUAUCUGCUUCAGCUGACAGGAAAUGUACAUGAGUGCCAUCUCACUUAAUAUUUGAUAGUUGGGGGAAAAAGUCAUAUAAGAUUUGAUUGUGUAAUCGAUUGAUGCUUUAAAAUCAUUGCUGUUAAGACUUUGAAUUGUAUGUAAUAAGAAUGUUAAAAUUAUAACAAUUUAGACAAUGUAGUUUAUGUGAAUCCUCUAAAGUACUGUGAAUUAAAGGGAUGUAUUUGCAAUAAAGCAGCUUUGAAUGUUGCAGUG